ACCUGAUUGAUAUUUCCGACCUUGACGAACUAGUUGACCAAGUGAACGAAAACACGGUUAGUGAUGGAGAAUUAUUAAUCCAAAUUUUCCCCCAUCUAAAAACCAAAGAAAAAUGUGUUAAAUUUAGUGAAUUUCAUAGAAAAGACAAAGGAUAUUUUUAUUGGCUUUCUUUGAUUUUUGAUGAACUACUUAGUCGCAUUAUCAACCGUCUUCUCAUUUACCAAAAUCGUCUCUACGAAGGAAAAGAUGAGGAAUGA